ACUAGUUGCUCGCAGCCACGGCGAACCAACGCCUUCAGGACCUCCCACUGGCAAUAACGGUUCUCCAUUCGCAGGAGUCGCUCACAACGAGCGUCGGCUCGCGAUAUACGACUUUUCGACACCAUUAACUUACAUCUGACACGAGCAUUAUGGCAACCGGUUUUCGUCAAUGUUCAGCGAUUGCUUGUCUUUUCUUUAUAAAAUAUAUCUCGACAGCUUACGCCGCUCAAAAUCUACCCUCCAUCCUCACCGUUCCUCCAUUACAAUGGCUCAAUAUCACCGGCAUCAUACAGGGUGCACCACCAGCUGCCGUCAAAUAUUCCUCCAUCGGUUACGAUCCAGAGACGAGUAACCUUAUCAUUUUCGGUGGUGAAUCAUCCAAUGGUAUACCAACAGCUCAGACCUACCUCUUGAACCUCGGCACACUUACAUGGAAUACUCCUCAGCCUCAGACAGGUCUACCCCAAGGUGCACCCCCAGCUAGGUACAUGGCUGUCAGUGGUGAAGACUUCUCCUCCAGCUAUCGGCAUGCUCACUUGGUGAUGGGUGGAAGGGGAUUGACCGGGAAAGCUUUAUCAGACGUAUGGGAGUUUGAUUUCAUAAACCAAUUCUGGUCCGAAGUCAGUGUAACGACAAGUGGUCCACCAGCACGUUGGGGCGCCUCUGGUGGCCGGGAUGAUACAGUGCCGCCGAAUUCUUCCACAACAAGCAACACCUUUUACUUGUCUGGGGGCACCGAUGGUACAAACAUGUAUCCCCUAUCAGAUGUUUGGGAUUUCACCAUCUCGGGAACAUUAUCCUCUAAUUUGGCAAAUAAUUACACAAAUGGCGCUUGGAGCCACCAGACCGUUGGCACGGCAGGGCCGGGCUACAGCGUCAACCAGGCUUCCACAGUCGUUCAGACCAACCUCAUCUCCGUGAGCGGCUGCAACACGACCAAUGAUUCGAAUGAUUCAUGUGCCCAGGGUCUUUCGUACGUCCUGGAAGUAGGUUCAGACAUGGCAUUCCUUCCUCCCUCGUGUCCCGUUCCGCGAUACGGAGGGUCGCUGGCCCCAAACAUGAAUCCUUUCUCUUCCAGUUAUGCCAACCAAGUAUUUCUUGUACUUGGGACUUUCAAUUCCUCAUUAUGGGACGACCAAGGUGGCCUGCAGAAGGGUGAGGUAGCAGUUAUGGACAUUGGAACAGGCGAUUGGAGCAGAGUCCUUCCGGCCGGUGAUCCGGGUCAAGAUGGUGUUCAGACAUAUCCCACACCUCGAGAGGGUGCCGUUGCUAUUUCUUAUUCUCAGGCGCUCGUCGGUUCGAAUAAAGGUGUGGCUUCCGACACCAUUGUCUUCGGAGGUCAGGAUGAAUCCGGUGAAUACCUCACGGAAGUAUGGAUUUUGAGGGCCUAUACUGGAUCCAUUUCGUCCUCAAACGGCAGCUGGGGAGCUCCGUCUGGUGCUCUUCAGACAGGCAUCAACGCUAAUGGUGCUGACGUUACCAUUCAAUACAUAACUCAAUGCGCGGUGCAGCUCGCGCCUUCUAGUUCUACGUCGUCUGGUUCCCCGUCUACAACAACAACAAGUAGUCCUCAGUCGUAUCAGUCGUACGAUGUCUCUGUCGCGCACAAACUACUGGCACCCCUGUCUCUUGCCAUUCUUCUCCCAUCCCUGCUGCUUUUACGCCUGGCUCUGCCUCCGGCACAAACACAUCGUCCCACGGAUCGCAAUCUUGCUCUAUUCUAUCUAUCCGCUAUUGUAGCUCUUGCCGCAUAUGGUGCUGGUGUUGGCGGUCUCGUUUUAUCGUUCACAACAAUCAGCUCCACAACGACCAUAAUGAAACGUUCUACAUCCCAUACAGUUCUACAGACUGGGCAUGGAGUCGUAGGACUUGCAUUGUUCAUUGGACUCUAUGUGAUGAUGCCCUUUUUAUAUCUCUGUUCUCUGUGCUGCCUGUCAUCGCGGCCACCGAAGGAGGUCAACCCGGAGACAAUCACUUCUCGCGCCAACUCCACCGACACUGCUGAGAAGCUUGCAGCAUACAAUGCUGCGCAGCACUCACACUAUCCCCCUUCUCCGCAUUCUCCUCGCACCCGUCUACAUUCCUGGGGUGGUUCGAGCUUCCUGCUGGGCCGCAGGAGUCGAGAAGGAAGAACCUCUACUGACAGCGAGUCCAUGCACUCGUCUGGACCGCAACGAGCUUUUGAGGUUGUCAAUCGCCCAGCGCGUAUUCGUAGAUCUAGCACAAAUGGGCUAGCGUAUCCAAAUACAGAUGUAUAUCAGCGCGUGCCUGUUGCACCAAGGAGUUUGGGCGACGUAGACUGGCUUGAUCGACGCCGCAGUCUGAAUGCAGUGAACGAGCUCGAUCUUGUGUCCGGCCACGGUCAACGCGGCCUCAUUAACAGCUCUACUCCUAACACAGCCGAGAUGUUGAGCACCCGUGCUCUCGUGCCUACGCCGACAUUCGCCCCUGUUACUCACGAGCUGCCUUCGCUGUUUGAGAUAUCCCUUCGUGUCCUCUUCCAUACUCUCGUUUUGGCUCUUUGCAUUCUUUCCCUCGUCGCGCUGUGGUAUGGGGCUCAUCUAGCACUCUUUGCAGCAUUCUUCCUAUGGACAGUUUUCUUUUAUUUCUGCCUUUUUACUCUCGCAUGGCAUGGUCGGCCAAGGAGGUCCACACUUACUUACCUAAUCGCCCGGUUUCGCGCGGAGCCUCCACCAGCUGUUUCUCCCGGGACCCCGACCUCCCGUCCAUUGUCAGUGGUGGGCACUGAACAGUAUCCUUUCCCCACCGAUACCCGUGGCCCAUACCUCCAUGAACCUCCUUAUCGUGCCGCCAGGGGUCAUGAUGAUGUGUCCACAACUAUUGGUGGACCUCGCUCAGUGGAAACUGAUUACGACGACGAGGAUUUAGAUGAAGAGACUAGACAACGGCGGAUUGAAGAAGAGAUGGGUAGACGAGAAGUGUCUAUCGUCACAGUGCCUAAGCGCAGGCUUUGGAUAACGAACCCUUCAUGAGCUUGUUGAUCAACCAUUUCAUGGGCACUCAUUCUAUGUGUUAUUUGCGCGCGUAUCAUAGUACUACUCAUCGGCUUCUUUCUUCCCCAUGCCAUCGUACCAUAACUGCAUAUUCCUUAAUCGAUACCACCAUUCAAGGAUUUGUUUGCAAUGCUCCACGGUAUUUCUCAAGUAGAUCUAUUCUCACGUUUUG